AUGGCACCAAUCCCUCUUCAAGUGUCCAUUAAGAGACUCUCUCAGCCCAAAGAGGGAGAGAAUGGCUACGAGGGUUUCAAGCCCGGCACACAUACAGUGCACCCUGCUGGCAGCCGCCCAUUCAGUCAGAUCGAUACCAAACCCCUUCCAAUUGAUAUCCGAGUUGACCACGAUGUGUCCGUGACCGCACGAGAUGGAGUGCGUAUCUUCAUGGACAUUUAUCGACCUGCAUCUCAAGCAAGUCUCGACGUCUCAAAGCCAGAAAACAAAAUCCCGGCCAUUCUCUCCUGGUCUCCUUACGGCAAGAAAUAUUCGGCGCUCGAUAUGUUGCCGAUGACUGUAUGGCACACAUGUGUCAAGCGUGGCGAACUUUCCGGCCUCGAGAAAUUCGAGGGCCUCGAUCCAGCCGUCUGGUGUCCGCACGGUUAUGCACUGAUCAGCGUGGAUACGCGCGGCGCGGGCAACAGCGAUGGAUCCAUGGUUAUCAUGGGCACUCAGGAAGGGGAGGAUGGUUACGACGUCAUCGAGGCAGUGGCCAAGAUGCCAUGGUGCAACGGGAACGUCGGUAUGGCUGGAAAUAGCUACCUCGCUAUUUCUCAGUGGUUUAUCGCAAGCACCCGGCCACCAAGUUUGAAGGCCAUCGCACCGUGGGAGGGUGCAAGCGACCUAUACCGCGAGCAAUUUUGUCGCGGUGGCUGGUUCUCCAUGUCCAAUUUUGACCUCAUCACCAAAGAGAUUCUCAGGGGUCCGCCAAACUCAGGUGUCGAAGACUUUGCGGAAAUGUACCGAAGAUCGCCCACUAUCAAUGCAUUUUGGAAUGAUAAGCGAGUGGACUUAUCCAAGAUCGAGUGUCCGGCUUACAUCCGUGGAAGUGAUGUGUCGAAUUUGCACAACAUGGGAAGCAUACGUGCGUGGAUGGAGAUCCCACAUUCUAAGAAGUGGAUUCGGUGGGGCUCCUACCAAGAAUGGUUCGAACUUUAUUCCUGUCCAGAAGCUCAUGAGGAGCUCUUCAAAUUCAUGGACCGUUACCUCAAAGAUCAGGACAAUGCAUGGGAACAAGAUACACCCAAGGUUCGAUGGGCAGCCUUACAGUUCGGUGACCGCGAGGCAGUACAUGACAUCGUGCUGGAGAACUUCCCAGUUCCGAAGACAGAGUAUCUCGACUUUUUCGCUGCAGCAGGCGGGAGGCUGGCGGAAAAGCCGCCGAACGAGGUCUCGACGGUAACCUACAACUCAGAAGAUAGACACUCUUGGGUCGAAUUCACUCACACUUUUCUUUCGGCUUCACGUCUUAUUGGACUUCCCAAAACGGUUCUGUACGUUUCGUCAGCGGACACAGAUGACUUCACCGUUUUUGUGAUCCUCAGGAAAAAGGACAAGGACGGCAAAAAUCUCAUGCACCUGAACUUCCCUGUCCACGCGACGCCGGUGGGUAGCAUAAAGGAAAUCCCAGAAAAGCAACAGCAGAGUGUGAAUUUGCAUCUAGGGCAGAUGGGUAUCCUGCGUGCAUCACAGAGGCACAUUGAUACCAGCAAGAGCGUCCAUCCGAACUUCCCUUUCCAUCCACACGAUCGACAAGAGCGUGUACCAAAGGGCACUGUUGUGAAGCUUGAGAUUGGAAUAUGGGCUUUGGGCGUGGACUUCGAUGCCGGCGAGAGCAUUUCCCUACGUAUUGGUGGUCAGUAUCACAGUAUUGCAGAGUACGCAAACUGGUCUGCGCCGAGGCCCGAGCAUGAACUCAACCGCGGUCAACACACUGUCUAUUUUGGGGGCCAGUAUCCUUCUCAACUGGUCCUGCCUUAUAUGUUGGACUUCGUGUACGCGAUGACGGAUAGGCCUCUUGUGUCGUGGGGAUUGUAUCCACAUGUUGGCCAGAUAUUCCUCAGAUUGACUAGUGACUUCGAACCAGAUUUCCGGGAAGAGGCGCUUGAGGAGUUCGCACUAGCGCUUCGCAAUGUCACAUUCACCAGAGGCAUUGUAGAUCGGAAAAUGCCGUGCAACUGGGUAGUACUGGCAAGACGCCACCAACAUCUAGAGUCCGAUGUCUUCAUGAAAGUCUUCUUCCGAUCUCUAAUCCAGCACUUCUGCAGAGGCAUCGUGACAACAAGACGACAAAAAUGCCGACUCAGGUCUGAUCGCGGCGCCUUCGCUGCUCGGUUAUGCAGAGUCCCCGCACGAGGUGGUCCAGCACUCUCCCCAGUCGUGGUCGGGGGCACAUGUCCUGUCGAUCUUGGGAACUGGACCAGGAUCACACGAGGCCGGGACCAGUGCAUGUGGUUGACACUACGGGCUGCUUCUCUGGGCUGUGGCGUCCCCAUAACGGAUACCUCGGGGAAUUUGAAGCUGCUUCAUGCUUUGCUGUUCGUCGCACACUCUAUAUUUUUCUUCCUGAGAAUAUCCACUAGAGCUUUACGCCUUGUACCAUGGGGCUUGGACGAUACGACGAUUGUCAUUGCUUGGAUCCUUGCCAUACUUUUUUUCGCCUCCGGAAUCGCAGAAGCUGAGCUAGAAGUUGGAAAGCCAUACUGGGCCCUGGAAUUCUGGCAGAUAGACGGAAGCUUCAUCGUUUUCUUCGCAUUUGAAGCGGUUUACAACCUCGCCAUUGGGAUGAUCAGGAUUUCGAUCUGCUUCUUUUAUAUGCGCAUAUUCCUGAGCCCCGGCUUCCAACGGGUAAUGUGGGCUACGCAAAUCUUCAACGUGCUAACAGUGCUCGUUUUCUUCCUGGUUGGCUGGGCCCAAUGCCGACCUCUGACAUUUUUCUGGCAAGGCUGGGAUGGAGAGCACGAAGGGUCCUGCUUCGACAUCAACGCCUUCGCCUAUGCUCACGCCGGGGUGAAUAUUGCUAUCGACUUAUGGAUGCUCAUCCUGCCGGGAACCCAAGUCUGGAGGUUGAACAUGUCUAUCAAGAGGAAAUUGGGAGUCACUUUGAUGUUCGCUUGUGGCAUCCUAUUGACUGCCAUCAGUAUUACUCGCUUCACAUUUUUAAUUGGCUUCUUCGGGAACUGGGCAAAGUCAAUUAACGCGAAAGGACUUUACAACGCAGCUGUAUGGACUGCGGUUGAAUUGACAGUUGGGUUAAUCGUUGCCUGUCUACCGGCAUCACGAAUCCUCGUCGCGAGGUACGCCUCGAAAAUCAUGGUAUCAACGGGCUUGUCCAAGUCUAGCAAGAGUCAGCCGCCUUCCUCCGCCGAAAACAGUAACCGCCGUAGUAAGACAGGCUCAGGCAGAGCCGGUGGGAUGCUCACGUCGAAAUUCUGGCUACCAAUAUCCUCGAUAGCAGGAAGUACUACAAUCACCGCGAAUGACACUCGGUUAGAGAAUACAAGACAUCUCGAUGACGCUGAUGGAGAAUCCAACAUGGAGCUGGUCAGCGUCAGGUCGCACGCGGCUUAUGACAACGAAGUGGCAGCAGACAUGUCCAGGCGACCAAGUCAGUUGGGCGAGAAGCAAGGACCAAGUGAAAAUGUUUAA